GAGAGCAGAAGAAGACGUGACGGGACCUGAGACGCGUCUUCACCAUCCAACAGUUGACUGUUGCCUGCUGCUGUUUGCACAGACCGUUGUGUUCCCCUGGGAAGAAACAGAGAUGGAGCGUAUGGAAGAUGACAAGCCAAAGCAGAAGAAAGUCACCGUCUACCUGCUCUACUGCGUUUCCACCGCCGUCAUCGGCUCGCUGCAGUUUGGAUACAACACAGGAGUCAUCAAUGCACCGGAAAUGAAACUACGUAGAUUCUUCCAGAACGUGUCUCUGGAGCGCUACAACGAGCCCUUCACUCCGGGAGGCAACACCAUGGUGUGGAGUUUUGCAGUGGCCAUCUUUAGUGUGGGCGGAAUGGUGGGGUCCUUCUGCGUGGGGGCCAUGGUCAAUAAAUUUGGCAGGAGGAAGUCCAUGCUGCUGGCCAACAUCCUGGCCCUGCUGGGCGGUGGCCUGAUGGGACUGUCCAGCCUGAGUCGCUCUUUUGAGAUGGUCAUCGUCGGCCGCUUGGUCAUCGGCGUUUUCUGCGGUCUGUGCACGGGGCUGACGCCCAUGUACGUGGGAGAAAUCUCCCCCACCGCCCUCAGGGGAGCCUUUGGCACCCUGCACCAGCUGGGCGUGGUUGUUGGUAUCCUGGUGGCGCAGAUCUUUGGUCUGGAGUCUCUUCUGGGCUCAGAUUCUCUGUGGCCGCUGCUCCUCGCCCUGACCACCUUGCCCGCCGUCCUGCAGAGCAUCAUGCUGCCCUUCUGUGCCGAGAGCCCACGCUAUCUUCUCAUUGUCCUCAACCAGCAGGAGGAGGCCAGGAAAGCGCUGGUGCGUCUGCGCGGCAGUGAAGAUGUGAGCAAGGACAUUGAGGAGAUGAAGGAAGAAGGCAUGAGGAUGGUCAUGGAGAAGAAAGUCACCAUCCCGGAGCUUUUCCGCUCCCCCAACUACCGGCAGCCCAUCAUCAUCGCCAUCAUCCUGCAGCUCUCUCAGCAGCUGUCAGGCAUCAAUGCCGUCUUCUACUACUCCACGAGCAUCUUUGCCACCGCUGGCGUACAUCAGCCAAUUUACGCCACCAUCGGCGCCGGCAUUGUCAACACAGUGUUCACUGUUGUAUCUCUCUUCUUGGUUGAGAGGGCGGGUCGAAGGACCUUACAUCUGAUUGGACUGGGUGGGAUGGCCGUUUCUGCCCUGGUGAUGACCAUCUCCCUCUCUCUGGUGGUGAGUGCACUAAUCCAUCCAUGUGUUUCAUGGAAUACCUCUGCCAUUGGUGUGGCUUUUUCCUUUUGUUUGCAGAGAAUGAGUCCCUCGCUCAGCUACUUGGCGAUCGUAGCCGUCUUUGGCUUCGUGGCCAGUUUUGAGAUGGGUCCGGGCCCCAUCCCCUGGUUCAUCGUGGCCGAGCUCUUCUCCCAGGGCCCUCGACCCGCUGCCAUGGCCAUCUCUGGCUUCUCCAACUGGACCGCCAACUUCCUUGUGGGGCUCGGCUUUCCUAAGCUGGAGGAACUCUGUGGUCCAUACGUCUUCAUCAUCUUUAUGGUGUUGCUCAUCCUUUUCUUCAUCUUCACUUUUCUGCGGGUGCCUGAGACCAAGGGACGGACCUUUGACGACAUCGCCCAAGGGUUUGCCGCUAAAUCCUCGCCCUCUUCUACGCCUGAAGGAGCGGCGGCGGCGGCGACGGCGGUGGUGGUGGAUAGCAAAGAACCGACCCCUCUGUCCCCUUCGGAAAAGGUCCCCAUGGUGGAUCUUCCCUCAGAGAAGCCAUGAGAGAGCAGCCUUGUGCUAAGUUAGAAAGUGUAUUCAAUCACGUAGAAAACUUUUAGCCCCAUGUCCCGCUUAACAGAAUAACCUUUCAAUUUGUUGACGUUCCCAGCAUGCUGCCUCAUAAGAGGAUCAGCCUGUUCAGUGUUAAGACCCCCUCUUGCCCGCCCUCGGGCCAUCAGUAGGUUGCAGGAUUUCAGCUUCUAGGAAUUGGGGUCAAGCUCGGAAAGCCACCAAAGCUGACCCACUGAUGAUGGGGUUCUUGUUCCUCGUUCUUGUUCCACACACACACACACACACCUACACACACACACACACACACACACACACACACUUCCUACAGACUUGAAAAAAUUAGGGGCGCAUAAUAAUUAUCAGACAUAUGAGGGAAUUAUGAUGUCACACAGAUAAAUCCGAUGAGAUUAAAAAUAGCCUCAAUAAUGAAAAAAACAUUCACUUUUAGAGGGAUCACAUUGCACCAAAUGCUCCAUGAUGAGGGGGAAAAACCAACAGAGCACACAAAAAACCUUGUCAGCGAUCUCAAAUGCCAGCGGCGUGGCCUUUGAAAAGCAUGAAAGGUUUCCCACAGACCUGUGUGGUGUCACACUGGUUGCUCGGAGUGCGUGCACGAAUACAGUGCACCUUGCUGGGCCAAGUCAGGUGGCUCUUCCCCUGCACACUCUUCUUCUCCUGAUAUCAUGAUAUUUGUCAUGACAUGACAAAAUUUUUCAAAAAGUAGAUAUAAAAAAGGUAAUCAAUCAGUUAUCGGUCUUGAAAAGCAGAAAGUUAUCUGUAUCGUUUUGGGAAAAAAAGAUAUCACCAUCUCUAAUGACAAUGAUGUCAUUUAAGGGCCUUACAAGUGUCACCCUACUCAGACACAAACAUUUCCAUCCUGAUGUGUUAACCCUCUGACAGGACACACUGGAACCUCUAAAGUCCAACCCCGUGUGGGAUUUUCUGGAUAAGGUCAACCAAUAUAAAGCAUCAUCUGUGGCGUGGAUGACAUAACAGCGUCGCACAAUCAUUUUAAAAGUGGGAAUACAGCAGCUUCACAAAAAUAGCGCAGCAAUCCAAAUCACAUUUAGAACAUCUUUGGCCAGUGCUUUUGCAGUAAAAGUUUCCUAACAACUGAGUGUGCUCCUGUUAUGUAGAGGAUCUUUGGCUAGAAUUUUUGCAGUUGGUCCCUAAAAAGCACAGAAUGCUCCUUUUGCAGUAUUUUCCUAAAAACAAAUAGAGGAUCUUUGGCUGUUUUUGGUGUGUUUUUGCAGUAUUUCCUUAGAAGCAGUAGCAUGUGCUCCUGUUGGUAUUUCAGGAUCUUUGACUCGGUGCAGUGCGGUAUUUUUUUUCACAUAGAGUAUACAGUCAUAUAUUAUAGUCAUAUAGAGGAUCUUUGACGAGUGUUAGAUUUUUUGCCAGUAUUUCCUUAAAAACAGCAGAGUGCUUCUGUCAUAUAGAUGAUCUUUGACUCAUGUGUUUUGCAGUAUUUCCUUAAAGGGGACCUAUGAUGCUUUUUCCACUUUUCUGACCUAUAAAUGUACUUAGAAUGUUGUAUUAUCAUGUUAAACCAUGCCAAAGUUUCAUAUAAUGAGGUUUGUGCAUUUGAAAGUGAGCCCUGAAAGAGCUUUGGUAUGGCUCUUCUCGGUUUCAAAUAUUUUUUUCUAACACUGGCUCACUGUGACAUCACAGGGAGCUGGACUUACUUGUAGGCUUGUCUUUUUCCCCGCUCUGCUGCGCUCUUGUGGAAGAUGUCACCAUGUUAGCAGCGUGUUUAUUUGUUGUAAGGGAGAACAUGUCUGUGUAGCAUUAUAGAGUGUGCAUACAGGGAGCACCUUACCUGUGUGCAUGCUCAUUACAAGCUCACCCAUAUCUGGAGUUGCUAAUAGCCUUUUUCACCACAGUUAGUGGGUAUACCCAAGUGUUUGUAAACAUGUAAUGUAAACGUCUAAUGACCACAUUUCCACUCCCAAUGUUGUGCCAAGAUUGUUUGCACUUAGUAAAUGUGACACCAUCUGGCUGUGAACUCCACGGCAGCAGCGGUGCCUAAGUUACCACUCUUCAAGUAGCUCUCCAAAAGCUUCAUUCAUUUAUCAUCAACUCCUAAAAAAAGCCACUAAAUUAGAAAGUGGGUUCGACAGGAGUCCAGAAGUCCUCAGCAGUGCUUGGGAGUGUGACCAAUUGCAGUGGAGUGGGCACGCUUGGAGGUGGGCCGUAGGUGGAAUAAAUUAAAUCAGAGCGUUUUGGAAAAGCAAGGAAAUCUAGCUGGAAUAGGUGCUUAAAAACAAAAUUGUGCUCCACUGAUAUGAACAAUCUUUGACUCAUGUUUUUGCAAUAUUGUUUUCAAUGAGCAGAGUGUCCUCCAGUCAUAAAGAAGAUCUUUGACUACUUUUAUCACACUUAUCAGCACUCUAAUUUUCCCAGGGAAAUGAUCAUAUAUAUAUCCAUUUUUCUGUCGCUCUCCUGUUUAGUGUCCUGUAAAUGCCUUUAAAUUAAAAAAAUAUUCUGCAAGUGGUGAGGGUAAAAAUUUAUUGGAUUGAUAUAAUUCUACAAAAAAAAAUGAAAAGCUAAUGAAAUAUUUAAAAUGAUUUCCCCCUCAGGAAUGUAAACACAUCUACUGACCUCUGACAUCCUUCCUCUACAAGUCAGAGUCUGCAUGGAGUUUCACGUCUUUGUACCCUUGAUGGUUGACAAUGAUUCCACCUUAUUCCCUAAUGGGGCUUGGGGUUGGACUUUGGAGGUAUAUACAGCAGGUAUAGGUGUAUAUCCCAAACGUAACAUCCAAUAAAAACAUUACUUGUAUUUAUUUCAGUGUUUUUAACAAAAACUGGCAUUUGUUUGUCCUUUGUCAUUGUUGUUUGUGUGAACUUUCUUGUGUGCCGCAAUGAGCAAUGACACUAGCAUAGAACACACAAAUAUGUGCAUCAAUAAAGUUGUACAGGAUGUC